GAUUUGCAGUUUUGAAGAACAUUCACUUUUAAACAAAUAAAUGCACCAAAGUGUCCUUGAAUUACUCCAGGUGUUUCAACUGAGAUCUGCGAGAUAAAACAUUGUAAAAUGAUGUUUAUUAAAGAAGAGAGUGAGGACAUGAGUUAUCCAGAAUCAUGCAGUUCAAAUGUCAUGAAAAAUGAAGAUACAGAGGAACAAAGAGAUCUGAUAGUAAAAGAGGAAAAUCAAGAACUGUAUGAAGUGAAGGAGGAGAAACACCAUCCGGAUCAGACACUUCAUAGUUUCAAAACUGAACAAAACUCUUUUAGUGGCUCACAAACUGGAAUGUUUUCACAAAAGAGAACUAAAAGAACAAGAGUAAAACACUCUUUCACCUGCAAUCAGUGUGGAAAGAUUUAUGCACAUAAAGCAGAUCUAAAGCGUCACAUGAGAAAUCACACUGGUGAGAAGCCUUUCACAUGCUAUCAAUGUAUGAAGAGUUUUAAACGUAAAGAAAUUCUAUUAAGACACAUGAGAAGUCACACUGGAGAGCAGCCUUUCAUGUGCCAUCAGUGUGGAAAGAGUUUCAAGCGUAAAGAAAAUCUUACUAGGCAUAUGAGAAUUCACACUAGAGAGAAGCCAUUCACCUGCUUUCAGUGUGGAAAGAGUUUCAAAUGUAAAGAAAAUCUUACUAGGCACAUGAGAAUUCACACUGGAGAGAAGCCAUUCACCUGCUUUCAGUGUGGAAAGAGUUUCAAAUGUAAAGAAAAUCUUACUAAUCACUUGAGAAUUCACACUGGAGAAAAGCCUUUCAAAUGCCAUCAGUGUGGGAAGUGUUUCAUACAGGCAUGCAAUCUCAAGAAACAUCUGUCUGUGCACUCUGAAGUAAAGUCAUAUAGCUGUGAUCAUUGCAGCAAAACAUUUUCUUCAGCAUCAGUCUUAAGAACACACUGGAAAAUUCAUCCAAAUGAGAAGCCUUACUUGUGUUCACUUUGUGGAAAAAGAUUUUCAUUUGUGCAGAGUUUUAAAGUCCACCAGAAAAAACACACCGGUUUGACAGAUCAUGUGUGCUCUGAAUGUGGGAAGGCCUUUUACAGAGCUUGUGACUUGGAAAGUCACAAAAGAAUCCAUACUGGAGAAAAACCUUACAAGUGUUCACAUUGUAAAAAGAGUUUCACUACUUCAGGAAACCUGAAAAAACACGAGAGAGUGCAUACUGGAGAGAAGCCGUACCACUGCAAAUCAUGUGGGAAGAGUUUCAGUAUUUCAGGAAACCUGAAAGCACAUAAGCGAGUGCAUACUGGAGAGAAACCAUACCACUGCACUUCAUGUGGGAAGAGUUUCAGCCAAUCAGGCUCUCUACUGACUCAUAGAAAAAAUCAUUGCCCAGGGUUGUCACAGUGAACAAAUUUCAUCUUUAUUUGCCUUGCAAAUGAUUUGAAAUGUAGAAAGAAAACAAGAUGUAAUUUCUCUCAAAAGAACAAUUAUAAUUAUAGCUGCAAUCAGAAAUUAUGGGGGAAAAGUUCUCCAACGACAUGCAAGGAAUUGCAUUUUUCAAAAACAAAAACACUAGAAUCACUUUUAUUAUAAAACAAUUCAUUAUAGGCCUAAUUUAUGACCAAUAGGUGGCGCUGUGACCAAAUGUAUAUUGUGCAGUCAAAUUGUGGUGACAAACACACAAAGUUUCAUGUCAGUUUGCAAAAGUGUUGCUGAGAUAAAGUCUCAGAUUCUUGAUCUCUUCUGUUUUUGUGUAGAUCUCAUUCUAAAUUGUUUCAAAAAUGAAAACAAAAUCUAUUAUAAAUCAAAGGCAAUCUGAGUAAACACAAAAUACAGUUAUAUAUUGAAUCAAAUAAGUUAUCCAAUACCAAAUGGGCCUGUGUGAAAACGUUUUUUCCCCCUUACUUACUAAAUCAAUAAAAACAUUGAAAAAUGUAUUUUGUGUUUAAUUGUGUGGCUUUGUUUGCAAAAACAAUUUAUUAUGAACAAUACACAAAACUAGAAGAAAUGAGGACGGGGCAAAUACUUUUUAAUGUCACCGUUUGGUCUGUUGUUUUGACAACUUUUUGCCAUGAGUUUCUCUAGAUGAUACACCCCAAAGUGUGUAGGUACCCUCUGAGCAUUGUGCUGAUGAUACAUACCAAAUUUCGUAAUGAUACACCAAUGCAUUUGUAAAAUAAAAUAUUUUGCGACAACAUUCAUAAUGGCCGACGCCACUUAUGGCGACAUAAGAAAAAUUGGUAUCAUUUGAAUGUAUUCCCCCACUGAAUAUAAAAAGACCUUAAGAUUUCAGGCCAAAGUAUUCAGACAUUAUAAGCAAAAUAGCCAUUUUUCUUUUAUCUUGACCAGUAGGAGGCAUUGUGCAAAACUGUGCAGGCACACUCAAGUCAUGAUGGCUAUGACGUAUACCGUUUCUAUAAGCCAAAGCGUUGAGAAGAGUCAGCAUCCCGAUUUGGCAUGCUUGCCGUUCAAUUCAUCAUACAAGAAUGGUUUGGUCUGUCAAAAACUUUUAAUAGCUUUUUCUCACAAGUGUCCCUACAUGCCAAAUUUUGUGCCUAGGCCAUAUUUUCCUAGGAGUUUGAAAAAGUAGUUUUUUCAGAAAUUCGAAAUGGUGGAAAAUCUAAUAGGGAGGAAAUUUUGUUCCAAGGACUAACGGUUUAAAAGUUAUGAGCAUAAACAUAAGUGUAACUGUGACGGGGGGUGGGGGGGCCGGGUUGUGAUUAUACAAACCCGGUUCCUUAUCGGGCUAAUUAAGACUCCGAGAAGGAUAAACGCCGACUGCUGAAGGUGGUGCGACGGGAGAGAGAUCGUCUACGGUCAGCUGACCGUCAUGUGCGUUUGUGUCGUUUGUUUAAGUUUUUCAUUAAACUAUUAUUUAUAUUGUCAAGCCGGUUCUCGCCUCCUUGCCCAUCCAAAUCCCUUUACACUGGUGCCGUAGACCCGGGAAGGAGACAGAUACGCCGUAGUAGAGUUCUCGCUACUACCGUCCACCCCAAUGGAGCGGCCAUCUGCCACGGGACGGAGGAGCCCGGCCGCCCGUAAGCGGAGGAACGGCCGCCGAAAGCGACGGGGGAUGGGCUCGCUGCCGACCGCCUGGAGCGGGAGAACUGCUUCCAGGGGUGGGGGAGACCCCUUUUGUUCCCCGAGAACACGGCGGGGCGUUCCGUCCACCAGGGGCUGGAGUACUACCUCCGAUCCGCCCGGGGAGGCACUGCUGUCAUCUGUUAGAGGGUGGAGGAGUGGCCGAGGACCAAGCUACAGCGUAUCCGAGAACUGGUGAGUAAGUAUUUUUUUUGGGGGUUUUUUUCAUCUCUCUCUCUCUCUUACUGCCGCUCCGUGUUGGACUUUUUCCUCUCUUUUAUAUUUUACAGUGUUUAUUUGGGGUGUUACUACACUGUUACAGGAAGUACCCACCCAUUUUAAUUAUUUCUGUUUCCCUCCCCUUGUCCCCUCCCUAAUCCAGGUAGAUGGGGAUGACCUGU